AUGAUACCAAGGGAAAGACCUUAUUUGGUUUUCAUUUUAUUCUGGACACAGAUUGCUAGUUGCGCGAAAGAAGAUGCUGUGUUCUUGACAAGACCGAAAGCAGAACCUUACUAUGUUAGAGAAGGACAAGAAGGCCCAGAAAUGCAGUGCAGCUUUGCUCCUGAAUUCCGUAAUCGUACUCGAUAUGAGCCAAGCUGGACAGUUGUAGCAGGUGAUUUACCCAGGCAUCUUACACGUAAUGGUGUGUCAUUUUCAAAACAACACUACGAAUUAUUACAAACAAAUGGCGCAUAUAAUUUAAAAAUUCGCCAUGUUGUUUUUCGUCGAGAUAAUGGGAAAUUCUUUUGCACUCUUCUAGACAAGGAAUCUGGAGCACAGUAUACCGUACAAGCAAAUGUUGUUGUCGUUGUGGAACCGGAAAAGCCAGUAAUCACUCGGCAACCAUCCGCAGCAGUCCAGGAAGGUGAAUUGGUAACGAUUGAAUGCCAAACAACGGGUGGUAAUCCAUCGCCUUCAUUUGUGUGGGUUUUCAGUAAUAGAUCUAUGGUACCGGAAGAAUGGUACCACGUGAGAUCGUCUGGUUCGCUCGAUCGACCAUCCGUAUCCAUUCUUCAGUGGCGAGUAAAUGCAGAGGAUAAUGAAGCUUUUUUGAAUUGUCAGGUUUGGAAUGAAGCAUUGCCGAAGGGUGAGCAUAAAGACGCCAGCACAACUCGCUUAAAUGUGUUAUAUGGACCACAAGUUCGCGCUGGUCCAGUGCAUGAUUACAAUGUGGAAGAAGGAGAACGUAUAGAAUUGACAUGUUCAGCAAAUAGUAAUCCUGCUCCAUCACAGUUCGAAUGGUAUCAUGUCGCUAGUGGUGAACGUUUUGCCGGAACAAACUGGCAAUUCUCAGUCAAACGAAAGCAUGACGGUGAUUUUCGGUGCAUAGCAACAAAUUCAAUCGAAAGUGGUGUUGAUCAGUUAACACUGAAUGUUCAGUAUGGACCGGUCGUUCAAGUUAAAGAACGGAUAAAUCCCGCAGAAGGCGAUGCAGUAACAUUGGAGUGCGCAGUUGAUGCUAAUCCACCAGCUAGUUCAAUUAUUUGGUCUGGACCACAUGACAUUGUCCAUGAGGGAUCGAUCUUCAAAAUUAAUUCUAUAGAAAGAACACAAUCCGGCAAUUACACGUGUACAGCAAUCAACACAUUAACGGUUCACAAUGCGAAAUCAGGAUCAAUAACACGGACCGGUCGAGCAUUUACUGUUGUUGAUGUAUUGCGCCGACCAGGAAAAGCAUUAAUAGCGGCUUCCAGUACCGUAGUUGCAGUUGGGGGCGAAACAACAUUAAGGUGUACAGCGGUUGACAUUGGCAGUCCGGAAGCGGAAUACCGUUGGUUGACACCAUCCUCCUCUGGUAGUUAUGAAGAACGAAAAACUCCAAUUUACACCGUUGAACGUGCUACAUUAGCUGAUAAUGGUGUUUAUCGAUGUAUUCCAUUUAACAGAAUCGGUGAUGGAGUGGAAGGCGUUUUAACGAUACAGGUGGUUGAACCAUCAAAAAUAACUCAUCCGCUGCCAGAAAGUUUAAUUUUCAACACUGGUGAAAUUUCCGUCACUUUGAGAUGCGAAGCUCAAGGUUAUCCAGUUCCACAGUUCCAUUGGCUCAAAGAUGGACAAGUAAUUAAAGAAGAUAGCAAUUCUCAUUGGUUGAUCAAUUCAGAACAACAUCCAAGCGACUGCUCGAAAAGUGAUUUUUGCUCCAUCACAAUGACUGUUUUCUUGAAUUUCCUGCAGCCGUUAGCAUGGAACGAUAAGGGCAAUUACUCAUGCGAAUUCAGUAACGGCUUACAGAAAUUUGUAACCAGUUCGAUGGCACUUAGCGUAAUACAUGGACCAGUUAUACUUAACGAACGAUAUCCAAGCGAUGCUUUGGCUGCUGCUGAUAUUGGAUCUACUGCACGGAUUGUGUGCCAUGUAUCAGCACGUCCUGAUCCGGAAUUUACGUGGAUCCGGAAUGGAAGUGAAGUACGUGAUGGGCAAUCCCGAUAUGUUGUGCGUAACAUUCGUCUAAAUGAUAAAAUAGAUGAGUUUCAAUCGAUUCUAGAAAUCACUGAUUCGGUAAUCUACGAUCAUGGGCCAUAUAUUUGUCGAACCAGCAAUGGUAAUGGACAAAAGCAGGAGUUGGUUAUCAAAUUACAGGCAAAAAGCAAGCCACAGGCUCCACGUGACCUCCAGUUGAUAUCUUCAUUGUCAACUUCACUGUUUGUUGGAUGGCGGCCAAGUUUUGACGGUGGUGAAGAACAAAACUUCCAGCUCGAAUAUCGUAAAGUGAAUCCAGCAAAAGGGAUCCCUGAUUCAGUGGAACCCGUAGCGAUUUACAUUGAUGGUCGUAACGCAUCCUAUAGUACUUUAUAUGAAGAAGAAGAAACUAAUCAUCACUCAAGGCAAGCUUUCUCCUCCAUUGCUUACGUGGUUUACAACAUUAGCUAUCUGAAUCCAUUGAGUACGUACUGGUUUCGAGUUCGUGCUCGAAAUUUAGUAGGUAGCAGUGACUGGACUCCGGUCACAACAGCAACAACAUCGGAUGUACGAGAAUGUGCAGCAAUACCUCGACCAUUGACUCUCUAUUACAAUAGCGCUCAGCAGAAAAUUGAUUUUGAGACGAAACAGUUAAAUGACGAGUUUUGUGUUCUGCUACUAUUUGCGUCAAGUAAAAAUGAGCAGGACAUUGAAAGAAGUGGUGGCGAAGAAUUAAGCGCAAACUGGCAUGCUUUGGACUGUUUUGAUCAGACUCCCAUCUAUGAUGUACCAUCCGCGGAUUAUUUGAAAGCUCGCUUGUGCCAUAAGCUAAAUAUUGCUAAUUGUUCGGCUGCCUCAGAAAUCAUCGUCUCGUCAACUCUUCUGGCAUCUGGAUGGAUGUACGCGAUACCGCUGGGUGCUGUAGUACUUUCCCUGUUGUUUACACUUUGCUUCAUAAUCAUCUGCUGUCAGAUGCGACGAACACUUAACCUUAAGAAUAAAAAAGUGAAGAAUUUCACCAGUAUCGAAAGAAGGAAUGAUGCUAAUGCACCAUUGUCGCAGUCAAAUACUAAAAAUACUUUAGUUCAUGGAUCUCAAACCGAUAGCGGUAUUUUCACUCUUGGUUCAACUCCCAAUACUAACAAAUCAAAUGGGCAGUCGUCUCAGAACACUCAAGGAUUUUCCGCAACUGGUACGGUUGCAGACCAGUGGAAUACCAAUAUAGAACCAUUUAAAUACAGCAAUGAUCCGUAUCUUCAAGAAUGCAGUGCACAGUAUCAAAUCUCUCCUUUCCAAGACAGCAAAUAUGAUGGUUUUAUAGAUGGAUUUCCAUCAAACGAUCAGGAGUUAAACGACCACCGAAAUAGUGUAGAUGGUCCUUCAACAAUAAUACAUGAUGAUCACGAUAGCGAUGAAACAUCUUAUACAACAAACGGUACAAGGCGAAUCAUGCGAGAAAUUAUUGUGUAA